AACGCCCCGGGGUAUGAAAAAAGUCGGAAGGAGCUAAGAAACUCAAGAAAUGACAAAGGAAGAAGUUUUUUGAACGCUCAAGUAGUAGUCAAGUCAUCCGUCAAUCUGACAUUAACGUACCUCGAUUAUGUUGUUUUAACAGUUAUUACCCGCGUUUACAUCUGCUGAAAAAGAAACACAAGAAUUACUAGAGAGCUGGCUAAUUACUCCUCAGUUGUGUGAACGCUAAAGCAGGAAAACUUAGCAUCUCCGGACUGACUUACCGAAGGCGUCUGCGGAAGGAAGAUUACAUUCCCUUUUACGACUGUAUUUUAGAGGGAAACCAUGUCCUCUGAAGAGGAAAGAUUCAAGUUGGUAGUCGUGGGCGGUGGCGGUGUGGGGAAAAGCGCAUUGACCAUUCAGUUCAUCCAGUCAUAUUUUGUAUCAGACUAUGACCCAACUAUUGAAGACUCUUACACUAAAAUCUGCACUGUUGACGGAACCGAGACGCGGCUGGACAUUCUGGACACGGCUGGUCAGGAGGAGUUUGGAGCCAUGAGGGAGCAGUACAUGCGCUCAGGAGAGGGAUUCUUACUAGUGUUUGCCCUGAAUGACCGGGGCAGUUACAAUGAGAUCCAGAAGUUCCACACCCAGAUUCUGCGAGUGAAAGAUCGUGAUGACUUCCCCAUGGUUUUAGUUGGCAACAAGUCAGACCUCGACCAACACAGAGUGAUAUCCAGAGAGGAGGCACAGGCUUUUGCCCGGGAAAAUAGGAUCCACUACAUGGAGUCCUCCGCCAAGAACCGUUACAAUGUGGAUGAGGCUUUCUUGGAGGUUGUGAGGGCAAUCAGGAAGUUCCAGGAGACAGAAAGUCCACCUCUCCCUGCCAACCAUGCACGCAAACCGAAUAGCAGUAGAUGCCCAUGCAGUAUCCUCUAAUUGUUGUGUAAGCCAAGCUAAGCCAGUGCGUUGGGCUUGAAGGGUUUCUUUAAGGAAGCUGGUGUUGUGGUGAAGCAUGAUAUUUUUUUAAUUUCAUUCGCACUUUUUUCAACAACAACAAAAAAGAAAUGUAUUUCAAACUGUUUUAUUGUUUUAAUGUUUGGUUUUUACGUGGGUAUAUCAUUUCAUUAUGCAGCCAGAUGACAUUAAAGGGAAAGUGAUCGUUUAAACAAACUGAAACAAACCCAGGAAAAUUAACUUGAAGAGUCCAGAGUUUUUUUUAGCUGAGAGAAAGAAGAAAUUUCUUCCACAGCGGGGUGCUAUUUUCCCCUUCCUGUACAAGUCAUCAGCUUUAGAUGAGGGAUUCGAAGAUGAGCUUAACCUGGGUUAACUAAUUGGUUUAGUGGUGUGUAACGGUGCCUAGAAUCAUAAUUAAACAUAUCUAAGAAGUCUGGUUUAGCACCUCAUUUGUAGUGAGCUAUAUUUGGAGGUGUUGUAGAAACACUGUCUAGAGCCAUGCGUCACAGUUUAAAAAUGAUUCAUAAAUGCCUUGUUUUAGCUCCAUCACAUUUCAGGAACUCUUGGGCCUCAUGGUAACACAGUGAGACAUACGGUGGCUGGCUGUGAGUCGGUGUGGAACUUGUAACCAUCCGAGAAGCAUUUGCAUGGUUUUUUUUUUUUGGUUGCUACAGGUCCAUGUGUUAUUUAAAAGUAAUUUGCGUAGUAGUGACGUCUGCUACAUCUUUGAACUUACAAAAAGCAGUUAUACAGAAGUAGGGUAACACUAAGAAGCUUGGAUUCCUUUUAUUUUUUAUCAUAUCUUUUGUGUGUAUGGUUUGGGGCUUGGGUGGGAGAGGGAGGGGAAGUACUAUGUGGAUGAGCUGUUGGCUGUGUGCGUCUAGGUACUUGUGACUGCAUAUAUGGAGCUACAUUUUGUUUUAUAUCUUUUGAUGCACCGCCUUGUAACAAUGAUUUUAUUAUGUAGAGCACACAAAGGUUAUACAACCAAAUGAAAUGUACUACAUUAAUGGAUAGUCACUGUCUAUGCUUUGAGAAGGGACGUCUAUGUGUGAUGGGCAGAAUGUUUGCCCCUGUAAAUAAAGCAUUGCUUUCUCUGGCCACCAGGAGGAACCUUGCACUCACGUAGCAGGGACUCCAAAGGAGAUCAAUACGUUAUAUAUAUGUUCUAUAUAUAUAUAUAGAAUUUUUUUCAGCAUUUUUUUUUAAAUCGGCAAUGAAAUCAGUAAACAAGAUAGAAUACCUGUCCCUUUGAAGCAGAAACUCAUUUGGAAAAAAACAAACAAACAAAUAAAUGAAAUCCAUCUGCAUCCAUACACAUUCUUCUGUUGUCCAGUUUUGAAUGUCUUAACUAAGGUUGUGUUUGACAGUUCAAUGUCUCACAGCUUUUCUCUGGUUAAAUGUAUUGUAGCAGAACACAAUGUUUUAUUUGUCUGAUGAACUACAGUUACUUACACCUGACCUCCUACCUUUUGCUGCAAGACUGUAUGUGCACCCUGUAUGCAACAAUUUUGUAUUGACACAUUGUACUGAAAUCAACCAAAGACUUUUAUACCAAAUUAAAGUAUUAUUUACUUAAA